AUGGCUAUCUCAUCCUACCCAACCCCAGCCGAGGCCGGCAUACUCUGCCUAAUCAUAGCAAACAUGGCAAUGUCGAUUUCAGCCGUGAAAGAACUCGUUUGCUCGAUUCUUACCACAAUUGGCAUCCACAUGUCUUCGUGUGAUGAGCUCUCGGUCGAGUCCCUCGACCCAUCCGAGUGCCGCAUGAGCCCCUCCGAGUCCUACAUGGACGAUUUUCGGCGCCAGAUUCUGACUGUGAGAUAUGACUCGGUUUUCCCAUGUGGGCCCGAGGGGCAAGAAUGCUCGAUCUGCCUGUCGGAGUUUGACCGGUCGGCUGAGGUCAACCGCUUAUCGUGCGGCCACGUUUUCCACAGGCCGUGCCUCGAGAAAUGGCUGAGGUGCUGGCGCAUGACGUGCCCUCUCUGCCGGAACUCCAUGAUGCCGGUCGAAGAAGAAGCAGAUGCUUGCCCUAUGUGCUGGUGUUAUGCGUCCUCCUGUAGUGACGGGUUCGGCUCAACUGAUUUGUAUGUUUUGCUUGGAAUUUACGUAUAUUGUGAAAGCCUGAUGGAACCUUAUUUUGAUGCGAUUAUCACUAUUGUUCUAAUAGCGUUUAUAAUGCCGUAG